GCAGCAGGAGGAGGAGCCAGUUAAUGAAGUGGAUCAGCACGAAGUGGCUGCAGAGGUGGCUCCAAGAGAGGUCCCCGAUGAAGUGGCAAGGGAAUUGGCUGCAGAGAUGGCUCCAAGAGAGGUCCCCGAUGAAGUGGCAAGGGAAUCGGCUUCAGAGGUGGCUCCCACAGCGAUUCCCGAUGUGGUGGCAAGGGAAUCGGCUUCACAGGUGGCUCCGAUUACCCAUGCGGUGGACAUGGAGGAGGAGCUGAAAGAACAAUCUGUCGAAGAAGUUGCUGGUCAAGACGAACAAGUUCUGAACAAAGAGGAAGCUCAAUGUGAGGCCACUCCGGUUGAUCAACAAGAAAAACCGGUUCAUAACGAGGAAUUACUAGUGCCAAAGGCUGAUGAUCUGAAUGUCAGCCAACAAGGCAGCUCCAUUGACAAAGCGGCUGUCCAGUUACCGGAAAAGGAAGCGGUGACAUUGCCAGGGACGCCGGAAGAUGAGGCUAGCGCCAACAUGGAGUUCGAGGAGUGGGAGGGGAUUGAGAGAAGUGAAGUGGAGAAGAGGUUCGGCGCAGCGGCAGCAUUUGCAGCUAGCGACGCUGGGGCGUCUGCUCUGUCGAAGCUGGAUAGCGAUGUGCAGCUGCAGCUUCAGGGGCUUCUCAAGGUUGCCGUUGAUGGUCCCUGCUAUGACUCUGCGCAGCCGCUUACACUGAGGCCUUCAUCUCGUGCAAAAUGGGUCUCUUGGCAAAAGCUAGGAAACAUGCAUCCUGAGAUUGCUAUGGGAAAAUACAUGGAUCUUUUGUCGGAAGUUAUUCCUAGAUGGAUUGGAGACAAAACCUCUAGCACAAAGAGACAUGAAGGUGAUGUUGAUUCUGAAGGGGCCGCCGUAACAAUGACUGGUCACACAAGCGACCCGCAGGCCUUUCGAGGGAAUGAAGGUAGUACUAGCAUAGAUGAAGGUCCACUAACAAGUCCUCCUAACCCAGAAAAAGGCAAGAGUUGUGACAUCCCUGCUGAAUGAAGGUAACACUUGAAGUA